GGGCACGUCGGCGGGCGCCGAUCGUUCCUGGCCCCGGGACCCCAUGGCCGCUCCGCAGGACCCGCUGCCCGCAGCAGAUCAUGCAGCAAAAGAGCCAGUGGAGGAUACAGAUCCAAGUACUCUCUCUUUAACAGUGACUGAAAAAUAUCCUGUCCAAGACACAGGGGUACCUAAAGUUUUUCUCUUAGAUGAGGAAUACCUAACAGAUCAAGUUACAUUGGAAAUUGCAUCUGUGAACAUCAAGACCCUUACAUCAGAGUCUGGCUUAAUCCAACAGCCAGAAGACAAAGACACAGAAAUCCAUACUGAUGAAUCACUUUCAGAUCUCAAGAAAACCUGCAAGGAAAACAGCACCUGCUCCUUGUGCUUAUUCCGUGCACCGACCAUCAGUGACAUGCUCAAUGAUGAGGACUUGUUGUACACAGUGAGGCUAAAGCUGGAUCCCUGCCACCCAACAGUGAAAAACUGGAGAAAUUUAGCAAGCAAGUGGGGGAUGACUUAUGAUGAAUUGUGUUUCCUUGAACAGAAGCCCCAGAGCCCCACCUUGGAGUUCUUGUUACGGAAUAGUGACAGGACUGUGGAGCAGCUGAUUGAUCUCUGUAAAUUUUAUAAGAGAAUUGAUGUUGUGAAAGUGCUGCUGAAAUGGGUGGAGGAGGAAUGGCCCAAGAGAGGGAGGAGAACUUACCAGAAUGACUUCUAGGUGAAAGUUGUUAGUACCUAUGUGUUAAAUGCUGGGACUUGCUGCCUCUGUGGUGCAUGGGAGAUUUCCCUCACAAGAGAGAGCCUGUAAUGACAGUUUGUAUACUGUGUAAGCUUUAUGUACUGUACACACAUAUAUACAUUCUGUGACCUCAGGGUUGCAAAGAUAACCUUCUGAAAGUGGAUGGAAUAAUGCAGGUUGUGUUCUUGAGUCUACAAAUGCAUUUGGUUUCUUUGCUGCUGUUUGUAGACUUCCUAAAGCAGAAGAGGAAUGAAAAAGUCAGAGCACUGGUUUUACUUGCAGCACUUGUGAAUCAUGUCAGUUGUGUGCUGCUGCUAUUGGGAAAGCCACAGUUAGAAGGCAAGUCUCUUGACCUUUCUGGCAGCCCUCCCACAAUUUUAUAUGUUCUACCUAGUAGAAGAUAAGAGGUUAUUUUUUUCUUCCAUUUUUUUAUAAGAAAAUCUAAGCUUUAUGACACUUUUUUUCCACACAGGGACACCUCAGUGUUCUAAGUAGCAGUUUGCAUUUUUAUUUUACAACUAACUCAGUGUUUCAAAAUCACAUUCAGGCAAAUUAAGCUAUUAAAUCUCUUUGAUAAAUGGGAAGAGAUGUUAACAAACCAAUGAUUUGCUUAUUUCUAUAAUUAUAGAGUAUAUAUUUGCUAUAGAAGGCAUUAUGCAAUUGAGAGACUUUUCAGCCCAUAACCACUAGGGACCAAAAAAGCCCAAUUAAAAUGCUUUAUACUUAGAGUUACUUUCAAAGGUUUGAAGACAAUAUAGACACUGAGUGCACUUACCUGUUGACUUGAUAUGCCUCCUGCUUUGCAGGAUGAGGUGUUGGCUAAUACCUCACCCACAGUAUACCCUUAAUAUUGAGUAUAACUUCCCUUUUCACAGGCUGUGGUUUUCUUUACAGUCUCAUUGAUUGACCUACUUUCUGUCCCACACCAAAGUAGUUGCACUCUUGUGUGAAACUAGCACAAGUUUAUGUUUUGAUUAAAGCCACUCCAAUGGGAAAUUCACAAGUACAUUUGUCUGCAGUCCAGGUGGUUGGUUAUUAAAGCACUUAUGGUGGUUUAGACUGGUGGUUCUCAAAGAAUUCUGAUACACUGAUUUACACUGUUUACAUUUAAAAUAUUUUAGAAACUGAUCUUUUUCCUACCAUUCUCCUGUGUUCUAAUGUUUUUUAAAAACUCCUUAAAAGUCAGUUCUACUAUAUGAUGUAUAAAGUACUUACAGCUAUAAUGCCACACUCAAAAACGUUGCUUCUUAAUAAUUCUCCUAGUUGCUACCCUUGCUAAAAGCAUCUCAGACAAUACUAAUAUGUACAUAGGUGUAUAUACCAAAGCACUGGUGAACAGUAUGUCAAGAUGUGGGGCAAAACUAGAAUGGGGUACAGGCUGAUGCACUAUUUGCUCUUCUCAAGUAGCAUUUACUAAGAAUUAGUAGCAAAGCUGUGGGAAGUCUAAUGUUGUAUAUUGAGUUUCUGACUGUGAGAGAGUGAAAAGGCACCUCCAGUAAUGUUACACUGUAGAUACUGAGUGAUAUGGUUACAGAGGAGCUAGAAGACAGACUAACAUUUUCAAUGUCAAGUGCUAGUCCUGAAGUGACAUAAAUUAACUUUAUUUUAGUGACUUCAAGAAGCUGAAGAUUUACUUUCAAGGUGAAAAGACUGACCUAAAUUUUAGGUUUGAAUUCUUUUAAAAGCUUGUGGAAAGUCGCAAUUUUAAAUAACUUCUUUUUCUUAACUAUUCCUCAAAAAAAGCUGCUACUCUUUAGAACAGUAAGUUUUCAAGCCAUAUUUUAAAGAGGAUAUUGUACUGCUGUAUCUUGUUGGGUCUGCAGCUCAAAUAUUUCAUGCUCCUCUUCUAGGAACCAGGUGUCCCUGAUAGAUUUUUGUAAACUCAUAACUUUGCAAGUAAUCUUCUCUCUUUAGUUAGGAGCUCUAGAAUAAGCUUUGAGGACUAUGGUUGUGGCUUGGCUGGCUGCUGCUCUCAACUUCUAGAGAGACAUCCCCUGUGUAUGUGCAAGUAGCUCAUAAUGCAGCUUGUCCAAUAUAAUUCCCAUAUUUUGUAUGUGUGAUUAGGAUCAUGGCUCUGUGUUAAGUUGUUGUUCUGAGUGGUGAGUGCCAGCAAAGACACCAACAACUCUUCUCUCCUGUAAAAUAUUGCAAAAAAGCCUGUGGUAUUUUAUUCUCUGCUUUGGUAGAAGUCCAGUCCAGCAAGGAGCUGGAGCCCUCACCUAA